CAUCCAACCAAAUAGAUGCCUAAAAAUGCAACCGUUUUCGUGCGUUAUGGACCGUACGAGUCAUGUGGACUAGUGGCAUAUCGCACGUUCCGUCUAGAAGGACUAGAGUCUUCCCUUUUAGCACGCGGGCAUCGCUGCGUCCUCGAGGAGAGCAGAGACUGGAACACGGUGGAGAUCGUGGUGCACGGGGAGUGCGUGUUCACCUGCGGCGUAAAGGACCUGCAGUUCGGUGGAGACGGGAGACUGGAUCCUGUGUGCCAGAAAGCCGUUAUCGCUGUGGAAAAUGCUUACUGACACCGUAGCAUUAGUUUCGGGAAUCAAGACCAUGCAUUGUAAUUUUUAUUUUCUAAAGUAAAGUAGGUUUUAUAUAGAGUUUUAUAUAUAUUAUAGAUUUGAAAGAAAUAUAAAGGCUUCAGACACAUGGAAUAUGUUUCAGCAUUUAUUGCUAUUUUCAUUCAAGUUGUCAUUCAAUAUGACUACAAAAUAUUUAGAAUUCUACAUUUCUAUAUUUCUUAUUCCAUAAACUUUCCAUCACCGGCUGUACACAACCGUGUCAAUACUUAAACUUAACUUUAAAACACAAUAAACAGAUAGUUUUUAAGCAACUACAAAAAUAUG